GGGGCCACAGCUGGCCCCACAGUGGCUUGGAGCCAGCGAUUGGGAGCAAUCGCAGCCGGAGUUGGACAAUGGCAGUCUCAAGUCUUGCGUGUGUCGCGUCGAUAGCCCUGGUUCUGGGGCUUUGGCCUGGCAGUGGGCAGUCGCAGGUGGGCUACGUGCGCCACCUUUCGGAGCUGCGGAUCAAGGAGCUCGAGAGCCUGGCGGCUCGCUUGAGGCUCUCCAUCAACCCCGAGAAGUACGCCUGCGAGAACUACUUCGACUACGUCUGCAGCCGCAACCGGCCACUUUUCUCGAUCAUGGGCCACAUGCCGCAGAUGGGCGAGCUCAUCCAGCUGCUGACCCAGCUGCAGAACGACCCCGAGCAGUUCGAGGCCAAGCAGAAGCUGAUGGACUUCUUCAUCUCCUGCAACUCGCACCGCGGCCUGGAUGACUGCUACCGCGAGACAUUCGAGUACUUCAAGCCCCUUUUCGGCUACAUAGUCACGAAGAACAUGCUCGGAGGCGGAGGCUCCCACGAGCUGGACGACUUCCUGGGCAUCCUGGACCGCUUCGUGGCCAGGAACCACAAGGAGCGCGAGUCGAACCCCGUCCUCGACAAGCUGGCCACCUACAAGCAGAAGUUCCGGACGCCGCGCGUCUACUUCCACGCGGCGGACCUGAGCCGCGAGUACCGGGACCUGCGCAUCUACCGGGAGAGCUACGAGCACAACGUCCGCAACCUGGAGCUGCACCGCAAGCAGAACUCAACCUUCGAGCUGGGCGUCCAGCGAACCAUGCUGGACUGGAGCAUGUACCUCUACCAGAGCCGCAACAAGCCCAUGUCCUACUACUACUCCACGUUCACCGUGCACCUGUACAUGAUGCUCUUCAACAUCCGGGAGCGCCAGCGCGACUUCACCCGCUUCCGGGAGGAGGUUGAGUGCCUGCGGCUGCCGCAGUUCGUCAAUGUGCUCGACGAGGCCAGGAUGCUGGCCGUGAUCUACCUGAAGAGCUUCCGAGCCGCCUGGAUAGACUACAGCGCCUGGACGAGCUCGCCGGCGCAGAACAAAGAGAUUUACGACCAGGAGAACGGCAUCCUCCAGAAGCACCACCUCGACAACAGGCGCAUAUUUUUCACACUUUACGCCCAGAACUUCUGCGAGUUCGGCAAGGAUCUGGCCGAGCACGUCUUCUAUCUGGGCCUCAAGCAGAACCAGGACUUCUUUGACAUAUACUCGUGUGGUUUCCAGACGGUAAACCCCAUGAGUUGUGUCUGAUUUUAAAAAGGAACACAGCUAGCCUUCUCUAUUGCACAAUAUUCAUAUGCACGCUUUCGGUAUCCAAUCCAAUAAAGUAGAGUAUGUAUUAGUUUGUAGCGAAAGUAAUUCUAAAAUUAAAGAACUCACUGGACCAAAGCCUUUUUAAUAAAGCAGCACAGCAUGGAGCCCCGUUUCCGUAGUAAGGCCCAAAACAUUUAAA